AUGGCCGCCUCACUGGAUGAUUUGAGACUCCAAAACGAGGAGGUACUCGAUCGAUUCCUUAACACACCGUUCUGGGAGAGCGAUGAUGCUAUCUCCUCUCUACUUUCUCGGGACUGUAUCCUCGACUUUCCCUUCGCACCGCCUGGCAUGCCGAAGUCCUUUGACCGGCCGAGGCGCGCCGUACUAACCAGCUGGCUACGACGAACCGUCAAAAACUGGUCCCGACCUCAGGACUCUAUAGUCAAGUACCCGACGAAGGACCUGUCGCGAUUCUGGAUCGAGUCUCGAACCGUGGCCGACGUGACGUGGGGCGGCCCACACGUUCGGAAGUUUGAUUGCACACACGUUGAGCUCGUGGUCAUCAAUGAUGGCAAGGUGACGCUGGCCCGUACAUGGAGUGAUCCUCUACCGUACUACACGGCCGCGGGUAUGAACCUUCCAAUUUUCCACUAUAGUGGUCGAUGGGGCGUCCCAGUACCAGAGAAGCAGUAUGCCCUCCCAGACAAGAUCCCGGAAGAAGGGGAUGAAGCCACAGCUCUGCGUCAAAAGCUCUUUGACAUCUUUUUGAGGCCUAACUACUUUGACACUGAGCGCGAGGGCCCUAAAAAAGCCCAAUGGUUUACGAAGGACUUCAUGCCAAAUAUGCCAUUCAUGCCGAAGGGUAUGGUGCGGCAAUACAACGAUGAGUUCCUCGCAUCUUGCAAUGAAUGGCUGUACAGCUCCCUGGUUGAGUGGGACCAGCAAGUCACCGAUUUCCACGAGGACAAGUUUCUUGACCCCAAUGUAUCGAUCAUCGAGACAAACGGCUCGCGUGGCCUGGCAAAAUGGGAUCCAUCAGGGGCAGUAUCGGGGUACUUCAAUGAUUACGUCAUCAUGGUGAAGCUAGAAUAUUUCCAAAUCGCAGAGGUAAAGGAAUGGCUGGACCCUGUAAACAAAUUACUAGCUGCGGGAACCAUGGUGCCCUGUUUCCCAUUCUUUUAUUAA